ACGAAAUUGAAGAAAGACGACUCGUGCGAUCGUUCACUUGGAGGUGUCGCGAUAACGCCCCGCUCGACCCGCGGUUAAGAUUUGAAGAAUGAAGAUGAAGGCUACCAUGUCAGGUGUUUUUCUCCUGUGUCUCUUCUGCUUCAAUCUGCCGAACGUCAUCAUGAACUUUGACCCAUUCUGCGGUGGUCAUUUGGCAGGCCCUAGAGGUGUCAUACACACGCCGAAUUUCCCUGGACCCUUUCCGAUUCCGAUCAAGUGUCGUUGGGUAAUCGACGUGUCCGACAUCCCGUCGACCAACAGCUCCAUCGUCGUCUACCUGACGCAACUUUAUGUCUAUAAAGGGCUUCGUUUCACCGAAUACGCGUAUUAUGAGUCAGAGACUAUGAACUUUGGUGCGGCCCUAGUUAAGGAGGUGACCGAGGGUAAUGUCUUCGAAUAUCAACGUCUGAGAACGUUCAGACCGUUCUUGGUAGUCGAGUUCGAGCUCGAUCGACUAGAGGGUAAUCACGUAAGGGUAUUGAAUGACCUGCUCGACGUGUAUGGAUUCAAUGUGACUUACGAAAUGACUGAAGAACAUCCAAAUCCCGAGUCCUGCACCAUACGCGACUGCUCUUUUGCUGGUAACUGUCUCGUCUCUGCGGAUUACACGUCUUUCUGGUGCGAUUGUUUCGAUGGUUUCAAUGGAAGGAGCUGCAACGAAGGUCCGUUGUGUUUUAACGAUGAAAAUAUUCCAGUUUGUCAAAAUGAAGCCACAUGCAGACAAAUUGGAGCAGAAGCAAUGCACUGUGAUUGUCCGAAUGGUUACGUUGGACACAAUUGCGAAACUCGUCUUUUAGAUACAUCAGAUACUGAAUGCGCUUUGGAGAAUUGCAUUCUGCAGUGUCCUGUCAACGAGCAAGAGCAGCCGUGUACUUGUAAAGACGGCACGAAGAUAUACAACAAUCGAUCGAGGUAUGAAUGCAGAAUCAAGCUGUCAAACGUUACAUCUCUCCGCACGGGUCUGAUAUCGCAACACGGAAAUAUGGAAUCAUUUGUUAGCAAGCAGCUUGCAAAAUACUUGAGGAACUCCAAUAUCACUUCCAUGGAGGAAUUAAAAAUCCUGAACGUGACAUCAACAGCCGAAGUUACUUUUCAUUUUUUCGGAAAUUCCGACGAUGGAGAUAAAAUUCGCGAAUCUCUCAAUCGACUCGUACAGCGUCGACGUCUCAGCGAAAUUGCAUUGGAAUCCACGCACUUUACCUUCCAGCAAAAACCCGCACUUAAGUUACAGAAUCUGCGUAUUAAUCAACUGAACGAUUACGAGGUUCACUUGGGAGAACAAAUCAUCUUGUCGUGCGCUGCUCAAGGAAGUUACAGCAUAAGUUUUACUUGGUACAAAGACGGCAUGUUGGUGAACACGAGUAAAGCUAUCAGAGAAAUUUGGAUUACUCACUUGCCGAAUGAUGGGUCAGAUUUAUACACAUCAAUAUUGACAAUCGAGAAGGCGACCCUGCUCGACGCCGGUCAGUACACGUGUCAGGUAGUUGACUGGGGUGUGCAGCAAUGCAAAAGUAUCUACAUCGAGGUCAGGGAUGAGCCGGACGUGAAAGUGGUGCCGAUGAGCGCCUCUAUAGAAAAAGGCAACGAUAUACAACUAACAUGUAUGACUCCCAACAUGCGUAACAUCGGGAUCGGCUUCGGUUGGACGAAAAAUCGCGCCUUGCUCAAAUUAGAACCUGGUCGAGCAGUUUGGGAGGAUCUGUAUCCAGCGGGUAGCAUUUUGAAGAUCACUAAUACUCAGAAAUCGGCGAUUUACACCUGCAAUGUAGCGCACAAGUCUAUGUCCGUGCGAGUUGAAGUCAUGAAUCGAACGCUGAUACCGAUAUGCUUUAAAGAACAGUCCUGGGGUUUGGAAUGGCCAGACACUGCACCAGGAUCAGAGGCACUAUUAGAAUGCCCCCGAUAUUUCAUAGGUCGACAAGUAUCCAGGCUGUGCUCGAUGAAAGACGCUACUACACCCGAAUGGCAAAUACCGGAUUUCUCAUCCUGCUUAUAUGAACCAUUGAUUUUACCAUAUAACAAUUUUCGAAGUCUGACAUUGGGUUAUCAAAAAAUCAUGAGUUCGGACAUGAUCCUCGCCUUUUGGGAGCUGUUGCGCAAACGUGCAUUGCCGCUUUAUCCUGGCGAAGGCGAUCGUAUAAUAAAUAUGUUGGCUGAAAUCGAACGAUAUCAGUACAAAAUCGAUCCACAAGAUGCAUAUAACUCCGCGGAGGCUUUGAGUCACAUAAUAAAUCGCAUACUGAGCGAUGAAUAUUCAAUCCUGAGUCAAGAGAAACUAUCGGUGUUGCUUCAACUAACGCAACGCAAUUUAAUUCACUGGUCCAAACAGCUGAAAGAUAUGUAUAAACAUCUGUCUCUAUCAUCUAUGGUUGUAGAUAUUCAGCAACUACAAUCUCAGAGUGGAGAUAGUAUAACGCAUUCUCUUCAAAUACCUUCGAUCGAUUAUAUAUAUCCUGAUUGGUACGAAGAUAAAGUAGCUAUACGAUUAUGGAAAAAGAAGCAGCGUAAUAUAAAGUCUAAUAACACAUUUACCGGAAUUGUUAUCGUAUAUAAAAACAUGUCACGCUUUAUACCAACAGCGUAUAUUAAGGAACUCGAUGAUGGCACGGACCUAGAGUUUCGCAUUAAUUCUCGAGUGAUCGCCGUCGCAGUUCCCUCCUUUGGUAUCGAUAAAUAUAACAAAAUAUGGGUUGAUCUGCAAAUCAGACAUUUACAAAAUCAGACAAAUUCCUGGAAUACGUCAUGCGGCCUAAUAGAUAACACUGGAUCGUGGGAUCUCGAUACUUGCAUAGCAAACACAGUAUCCGGCGAUGUAGUAACGCAUUGUUUGUGCCCUACUACGGGGACAAUAGCUGUUUUCUUGACGACUCGAGCAGUAAAAGUAGUACUGGCGAAAACAGAACAAACCACGUUCAUUAUAAUAUUUGGAUGCAGCAGUUGCCUUGUUCAGUGCUUGCUAUCUGCUCUGAUACUAGGCACUUUUUGGAGAAAGCACAAAAGCUGGCUGAAUUUUCUAAAACUCCAAUGCUGCGGCGCACUAAUAGGCGCAAUGGCUAUCUUUAUUUACGCCGUCCACACUAAUCUUCCAGAGUCAUCUUACUCGCUCGUGGCGAUAGGAUUAGAGGCAUUCCUCCUCGUGGGCAUGUCUGCGCCUAUUUCCGAGGCUCUAAUAGUAUAUGCCGAGCUCACGCAAAUUCGACCGAGCCAACAUCUUCAGCCCACAGUGAUCGCUGUAAUAACCGGUGUUCCGAUCUUGGCUGUAUUUGCAACUGAAUUAACGCAUAAGAGUACAGGAUGGAGACAUGAAUCCUGGUGGCUCAUAUAUGGCAGCGGUGUCUAUAACAUAUUUGUCAGCUGCGCCACGAUGAUGUUUUUAGUAUUCAUACUACUGUAUAUGGGGGUGCUCCACAAAGUUCACACAUUAGUGGAGGAGAAUGUGAUGAAGAGAGAAGCUAUAGAAACAAGAAUACGAAUAUUGCACCGCGCAGCUAUCGUCAUAUGCGGUAUCAUCGCCAUGGAGGCAUCCUCUAUUUUCUAUAUAAAUUCAUCAUCUGUAAUUUUCCAUUACGUAUUUGCGUCCUUAUCUUUCGCUCUGGGCUUCAGUAUAAUUAUCGUAUACAUCGUUAACGGCGAGAAUGCAAUUAUCGGACCAAUGCUGCGGAGGAUCAGAUGGAAACGCAAUUUGGAUGAUAAACACACGUCUGAACCCAUUAAAGUAUGCUCGAAAGCUGAUGCUGAGGUGGAAAACGAUUCAGCAACUCCCCCGACGUCGUCUUCAAUCGCCGGCGAGCCGUAUAGGGAGGCACGAGGCGUCGCCGCGGGUAGCAUAGAUAUGCGUGAAUUUGUAUCAGAGUCUUCGUCUGCCUAUGCCAAGUCCUCCGUCCCCGCGACUAGAUUCCUGCCGGAGAUCCGAAUAGAUCAUUCAGAUAAUAUCGAUCUUGAGAACUACAAUACGAGUCCGCGAAAGUAUCAGGAGGUGUUCGUCGACUCGACGUUCUCCGCACGUAGCUCUUGCUGUGCCAAUGAUGUAGUGGCCUACAGUGUUAAUGAACGCAGCAACUUCCGUGGCGACGUAUCGGGCAUGUAUCGUGGCGACGGCAAGACCUUCCUGCCGACGGCGAGCGUGUCCUCCGAGUCCUCGGCCAAAGUCCUCUGCAGUGCCGACAUAGAGUCGCGAUUAGGUGCGAUGCCAGACGUCACAUUGGCUGUGAAAAGUGACGUUGAACUGUCAUCGCGGACAAGCGUGGAACUGAAGAGCCGGGAGCACGUGGUGAGCACCAUGCCGGACAUCGCCAACACGAGUGAGCGUAAGCAACCCGACGGCGAGGAGAAGACGCCGGAGAUCGUGGUAACGACAGGUGGCUGCGAUAACGCGACAAGCGGUAUGCUAGAUCGUAUCUCUCACGAUCUUGACUAUCUGCUUAAUCGCACGCACGCCAAAGAAGGAGCUUGAAAUCUAUCAAGAUCGUGAAAUGCAAUAAGUGCAAUAUAGAUUGUUAAAUUUGUACAAAACGGAUUUCACCACAAAUUUCCACAUAAAUAAGUGAAUCGCAGGUCAUUUCGUGUAUCGUAGUUUAUUUAGGAUAAUAUUCGUCAAUAUUGCGUUUUUGCUAUGUAAUGAGAAAUCAACGUGAUAACGCGAUAUGAACGUAUUGAGAGCUGCAAACCAAAGUCUAAAGUAUAUAUACAUAUAAUCCCUUCUUAUUUCUUAUAUUCUCAUAUAUUCUGCACCAGAACGCUAAUUGUAAUUUGAUCGUUGAUCACGAAUCAGCGAUAGUCGUAAAAGAAAAUCGAUGCGACAAGUGAUCAUCAUCGCACUCCAUCCAUCAGAACUUACUUUAAAUUUAAAUAUAAUCUCGAAAUUUUCAUGCUCUAUUAUAAACAUUUACAUUCACGUCCAUUGUAUAUCAUGAGGAGACUUUAUUGUUCCUCAUAAUAAAUAAAUAGAAUACUAAAGAAUAAAAUGUACUGUAAAAAUUCAAUUCAUGUAUAAUUAUUGUAUAGAUUUUCAGAAGGUGAGAGUACUUAAUUGAGCGUUUCCGAGUUAAAGUAUUUAUUUAUCACUGUCAUCGUACAGCCCUUUCAUAAUAUCCACGAGUCAGUCGUCGCGCUUUUUUUCGUCGUUUAUAAUUUGUAUUAUAAAGCUAUACACAUUCAAUUUAGUUUGAUAAUCUACUUACAUACUUAAGAUCGAAGUUUAUGUUGUAGGUAAUAGGUACCUCUAGUAGAGUUAGUCGUUUACUUAAUGAGAAAUGCUUCACUGAAAUUGAUUCGACCGAGGUAUGAAAUUGGAGCGGUAUUUCUCUUGGCCAAGCACGUGUUAUAAAUGCAAAAGACGUAAUAAGAUCUGUGUUAGUCUGUUAGCACUCGAAUAUACCUAUAUGACUAGUUUUCUGUGUUUAACAGAUUUUUCUUAAAAAUAUAAAAUAUUUACAAGGAUUUUCGGCUAAUUUUAUCGAGAUUUAAUCUUGGUUUAAUCACAUCAAUAAUACCCAAGUAUAGAGCAGGGCCGUGGCUUUAUCCGAUUACUACCAAAUUACGCUAUUGAGCCAGUAUUACAUCUCUUAUAAUCUUGCUUAAGAACUAAAAGUAAAAUGAACAAGCACGCUACUGUACUUUCUCUCGCGAAUAUUUAUAUUCGCUCACUUUUUUUCAAUAGACAGACUUUUCAAUAGACUGAGUAUUAUUUUAGCAAAAAUAAUAAAUGUGUUAAGAGAUUGAAAGUUUUGUCCGAAAGAAAAAAAUUAAGAAUCCAUACAAUAUUUAAAUAUUAAUGGAUUUUAUAAUAGCUGUACAAUGAAGAGAUAGUUUUUUUUCUUACGCAUAAUCGAAUUAAUUUUUGUCGAUUUGCACGCAC